AAAUUAAAUUUACUACGGGCACAAUUGCUCUCAACGAAGGUACCCGCGGCAUGCAGGGAAUUCAACGAAAUCCCAGGACCAAAAUCUUUACCUCUGAUCGGCACUCUUUACCAGUACUUACCGGUAUUUGGUAAGUACAAAUUCGACCGCUUGCAUCGCAACGGACUUGCGAAACUCCGGCAGUACGGCCCGGUGGUCCGUGAAGAUAUAGUGCCCGGCGUGUCCAUAGUGUGGAUUUUCAAACCGGAAGACGUGGAGGUGCUGUAUCGAAAAGAAGGCAGGUAUCCGAAGAGACAUAGCCAUUUAGCUUUACAGAAAUACAGAUUAAAUAAACCGGAUAUUUACAACACCGGAGGACUUUUACCUACGAACGGCUCGGAUUGGUGGAGACUCAGGAAGGCGUUUCAAAAACAUUUGAGUAAAGUUCAAUGCAUCAAACAGUACGUAGACAGUACGAAUACAGUUGUCGGAGAAUUUAUAGAACAGCGAAUAAAACGCACAAGACUAGGCAAUGAUUUUGGUCCAGAAUUAUCCAGGCUGUUUCUUGAAUUGACGUACUAUGUCGCAUUCGACGAAAGACUCCAACGGUUCAAAGACGAAGAGUGGGACUCCAAUUCAGAGUGUUCAAAACUCAUUAAGGCGGCACAUGAUAUAAACAGUGCAAUAUUAAAGACCGACAAUGGGCCACAGCUUUGGAGAAAGUACGACACACCUAUGUACAAACGUAUCAAAAAAGGACACGAACACAUCGAAAAGAUUGCUUUAAGAAUAGUAAGUGAAAAAUUGACCAAUAUCAAUGCAUUGGGUUCCAAGUCGUCGUUGUUAAGCGAAUACUUACGCUCGAACGAAACCGACUUCAAAGACGUAAUCGGAAUGACUGUAGACACGUUGUUAGCCGGGAUCGACACGGCGACGUACUCGUGUUGUUUCGGACUGUAUCACCUGUCGUCGAACGCGGACGUGCAGGAGAAAAUGUUCGCCGAAACGCGUACUCUUUUGCCGGAAAGUAAUACUACAGUCACGGGAAAGACGUUGGAUCGGGCUGUGUACACGAAAGCAGUGAUCAAGGAGAUGUUUCGAAUGAACCCUAUAUCGGUGGGAAUCGGACGGAUAGUGCCCGAAGAAUGUGUGUUUUCCGGAUACAGAGUCCCGGCAGGAACGGUAGUCGUCACGCAGAAUCAAGUGAGCUGCCGCCUGGCCGAAUACUUUCGACGACCUGACAAGUUUGUGCCGGAGAGAUGGUUAAAGGAUAGCGUCGAAUACGAGUCGGUCAGCCCGUAUUUGGUCCUACCGUUUGGCCAUGGACCCAGGACGUGCAUCGCAAGACGUUUAUCCGAACAGUUUUUGCAGGUCGUACUCAUGAAAAUUGUCAGAAAUUUUGAAAUGACGUGGACAGGAUCAACAUUGGAUAGCCAGUCUUUGUUGAUCAACAAACCAGACGGUCCUAUUUCUAUAGAAUUCAAAUCAAGAACUUGAGAACAAAUAUUUGUACAAUCUUAUACUGAUCUUCGUAAUAUAUAUGACAUAUUUAUACAA